CUUCUCUCUUCCGCAGCAACUCCACGACUGCGUUGCCGAUCGCGUCAAUUAGUGGAACGCGUGUGGCUGUGCUGUUUCUCUUCGUUGAGCUGCCCCCCCGCUUUGGAUUUCUUUCCCUUGUAGAAAGAAUAUCAUCAUGGCGACGCUGGCACCCGGAAUUCUGAUGAAGCUGCUCGACGGCAUGAAAACGGGGACGCGGGAGCGCCGCAGUGCGCUCUUGCAGGUCACCGACAUCGUCCCCGCUGAUCUGGACGAGAAGGAUCUCUGGCCCAAGCGCGGUUUUUACAUCAAACUCUCCGAUUCGUCGCACUCCAUCUACGUCACCCUUCCCUUCGACCAAGACGAGCUUGUUCUGAGCAACAAGCUGCAGCUCGGCCAGUUCAUCCACGUCGACCGGUUGCAGCCGGCGUCGCCUGUUCCUGUCGUCGUGGGCGCCAAGCCGCUGCCCGGCCGGCACCCCCUCGUAGGUACGCCGGAACCCAUCGUUCGAGUCAGAGGAAGAGGCGACGAGAAAUCAUCUGCGAAGCACACCGCGGCUUCUUCCGUUCACAGGAGGGGCUCAUGGGAGCAGAACCAUGUUCCUUCACCGAUGAUUGUAAAGCCGACCGCUUUGGAUUUCGGAGAGAGAACGCCGAUGAAGGACCGAUUCCAAAGCAAUGUUGUCUUGUCACCACCAGCAAGUGCGAGACUAGGCAAGGAAGUAAGCUCGGCGUUCGCCGUGGCAUCAUCUGUCAGUGGGGCUCUUCUGUCCCGGAUGGCAGAUGCCAGGGAAGCUGUAGGCUCGGGUUUGUUAAGGAAAAGCUGCAGCAUCUCCAAGUUUUCGAGGAGCAAGUGCGUGGCCGAGCGAGAGGCUAAGACCCCGAGGAGUUCCUCCUCCUUUCCCGCUGAGAAGAAUGCUACUAAGACCCCUCUGCUCAAGUCGAGAGGUGAUGCAAGAGAGGAAGACUCUUCGUGGACGUCUGAUGAACACAGCAGUUCGACUGCGAUUGACAAUGCUACUGCUGCAAACCACAUCUCCAGCGAACGCCUGUCCUUGCCCGGAAAGAUCAACACCCUUGGAAAGGAAGCACUAGAGCAAAGAAAAGCAGCUCAGAGGGUAGCUCUGCAGGCGCUGCGAGAUGCUUCUGCUACCGAGACCAUAGUUCGGGUUCUCAAGAUGUUCUCGGAAUUGAGCAGCAGCGCGAAACCAGAAGAACCAGCCGCUUGCUUCGAUCAAUUUCUGUGCUUUCAUCAAGAGAUCGUGCAGGCAGCGGCCGGUAUAGAAGCAGUUCAGGCAGCUACUACUUCGGUCGCUGAGGAAUCCACGAAGGAACAAGACGACAAGGACGAUUCAUCCGUCUUGCAAGCGAGAGAUCACAACGCCGACAACCAACAUGGGCAGUCAAUCAAGAGAAGAGCAGCAUCAGCAGUAUCCAAGACCGAUGAGAACAAAGUAGGCCUCGGCAAGCACCCAAGAUCGGACUCGAAUCACAAGGAUAAGAAAGAGCAGGAUGAGGCCAAGCUGCCGACUUCUACUUCUUCUUUGGGCAGAUCAAUAGAACUGGCAAAGCAGAUACGAACUGAAGCAGGAAAAUGGUUCAUGGAGUUCCUGGAGGCAACGCUGGAAUCGGGUUUUAAGACAACUAAAGGGGCCGUCGGUGGUGGCGGUCAUCGGUCGAAGUCAGUCUGCUGCUGCCCCCAGUCGCUGAUACUGCGGGUCAUAAACUGGGUGGAGCUGGAGCGAUGUGAAGGCGGCAAGAGGCCACUCCAUCCAAGAACAGCACAAAUAGCAAGAAAACUAAGAAUCAAGGCAAAGAACCCCUAACCGGGUGAGGAAUCCAGGAAACCGGUGAUUGGUUUCUUUAUCGACCGAGGUUGCCGAUAACACCUCUAAUACCUUUACUAGAGGUGCCGUAUUGGUUCAUCCGAGAAGAGCGUAUCUCCAGCUUCCAUAUUUCAUAGUUAUUGAUGGAUGAUGAUAAUAUUUAUAUGUGAGACGCACGAUAGAUUACAUUAUCAUUGUUAGUGUAAACAA